AACAGGAAGUAGAUUAUUUCCGUAAUUUAUGCAACAUGUCCAAGCGAAAUCCCAACGAAGGAAAAAUGUUUUAAUACUAAUAUAUAAAAGAAACCAGUGACAGUUAAAACAAAUUAAAACAUGGCUUCCCCGAGAAGAGUAGUUCUGAUAGCGUGUGGAUCGUAUAAUCCAGUAACAAACAUGCACUUGAGAAUGUUUGAGCUAGCAAGAGAUUCUAUGAAUAGAACAGGCAGAUUUAAAGUGAUAGGUGGAGUUAUAUCCCCUGUUGGUGAUCAGUAUGAAAAGAAGGAUUUACAGCCAGCUAAGCAUAGAUGUAACAUGUUGAGAGAAUCAUUGACAUCCAGUGACUGGAUAAGAAUGGAUACUUGGGAAUGUGAGCAGCCAUCUUGGUCAAGAACAGCUUUGGUUUUGAGACAUCACCAGGCUAUUUUAGAUGGUGCAGCAACAAACAAUACAAAUAAUCCUGCUCCUUCAAAAAGAAGACGGAGAGAGGUUAAUAGAGACUACAUCAAUGAAGAUGACAACGCCAAUCACAAUAUUAGAAAUAAAUCAGAUAAUUCUGUCAAUCUACGUCUGUUAUGUGGUGCUGAUUUAUUGGAAUCCUUUGGUACACCUGGACUUUGGUCAGAAGAAGAUAUUGAGUAUAUAGUUGGUAAACAUGGGUUAGUGUGUAUAACAAGAGAAGGUUCUGAUCCUAGAAAGUUUAUAUAUGAAUCUGAUGUUUUAACUAAAUAUGAGGACAAUAUUCAUAUACUAACAGAAUGGAUACAUAACGAUAUAAGUUCUACAAAAAUUAGGAGAUCUUUAAGAAGAGGAGAUAGCGUUAAAUAUUUACUACAAGACUGUGUAAUAGAUUAUGUUAAUAAACAUGGUUUAUAUGGAACUACUGUAGACAACAAAGUUCUAAAUGGAAUAAUUAAAACACCAACCAAUGAAAAAGAAGUAGACGAAACAAAAAAGAAUCUGAGAUUCGAGGGUAAAGAUGAAGUAGAUGGAUCACCUCGUCAGUCUCCAAGACCACAACCCAUCCAAACACGUAAUAUAGUUGUGGAGGAGGAACGACCAAGAUCACCUAAAAGAGUCCAUCCAAACUCCUGGGUGGGACCACCAUCACCUAAAUCGCCCCGGCAUGUUUCCUGCAUGAGACCAGAUAUAAGUGGUUUGGUCAGACGUGUCCGAAAUGUUCGUAUAGUUGGCUACGCUCCAGAAACUUGUGUCUGAACUAUAUUGAUGUUAGGAGUGUAAUCCUAUUGGAAAUGUUUUUAAUUAUCGUGAAAAGAAUGAAAGAAAUUUCUUCUGUUGAUUGAGGCUAUUAACCAAUUUGUUGUCCUGCUGUUAUAAAUGUUUGAUAUGAUGAGUAAACUGCCAACAUUCCUCGCUUUAAUGUUUAAAUGUUUGCAAAAGAAUGAUAUGUUCGCAU